AUGAAUGAAUCACAUACGAACGAAAAAGAGCUUACUUCAGAGUACAAGCUCGAGCCAACACGGAAGGCUGUUGAAACUCUUCAGGCUCAAGUACAGCUGCUGACCAUGCGUGUAGAAUUGCUGGAGAGGCAGAUGGUGGGGACAGCGCAACAAAAUCAAACCUCUCCUAUGACGUUUGCUCCUUCCGCUCAGGUGGCAAUGCCCACCGCUUCAAAUGUUAUGCCAUCCAGGAUGUAUUAUUGGGCUCAAGGGUUUCCCAACGCGAACGGGUUUGGUAUGACUGAGGAGGAUCAAUACAACCCCAACGGGAGCCCUAGUGCACGGCAAGUAGAAGAGAGUCUUAACAGACUUGGUAUUCUUCCCGCACUUGGUAUAAAGCAACAGCAGCUUUCAAUGCUCAUGGCUCAGAAACAGCGUGAUGACGCUAUAUUAGCCAUGUUACAGGGACAGAGCACUCCUGCAGUAACUCCCACCGCCUUGGGAUCAGGGUUAUAUCCCUCUCCGACAUCCGCAAUCCAACAGCAAGCAAUCAAUGCGGAGGGAAUGCCGUUUCACAGUCCUUUUGCCACGCCGGCUCAAGGUAUGGCCUUCGCAAAUACCAACGCUGUACCCGGUGCUGGCGAUCCACGCUUAUUUUCCCCAACUUCCACUAUGCCCAAUACAGGUAUAAAUAGUAUUUUCAAUCCGAUCACAUCACAAGCUCUAUCUACUACGAUAACUCUGGACCCUGGUCGAGCCACCAACGAAUCCCUCGAGCAGGCUUGUCAGCAGCCAUGGAUAAAGGAACUUUGCUUAAAGGGCUGCAAAAACCUUUCAAACCUCAACCAAUUGUCUCAAUUGCGUAAUCUAUGGAAGCUGAAUCUUCAGGGAUGCACACAGUUUGUCGACGACUCUACCGUCAAGUUAAUCAGCACAUACAAUAAGCGUCUCAGCCGGCUUAACCUCUGCGGCUGCGAGCUCAUUACGGACGCGUCUCCACUUUCGCAACUUUCUUUUCUUUUCGAUUUGAACCUAUCCGGCUGUCAAAUUGGCAACGAGAGUCUGAUUGCGAUUGCUGGCGGCUGCAGUCAGCUUAGCCGACUUGCCAUUAACAGCUGCCCCAAAAUUACUAACAUUUCCUGUGUUGGGAAACUGAGGGAGUUGAAGCUGCUGUACUGCCGCUACUCGGGCAAUAUCGCGCCCGAAAGCGUCACGGAGGUCAUGAAGCAAAUCGGCAAUGGGCUGCUGACCCUCAACGUGGACGGGUUUAAAUUCGAGGACCUCGACGUCUCACAGUUCCCGGCUGUGACAACACUCAAGAAUUUCAACCUCAAGGACAACGUUGAAGUGGUUUCCCUGGCGUGGUUAACCUCCGCUGAAGGGGCUAGUAAGAAAUUUGGUGCGCUUGAGAUGUUGGAUGUCGAAGGCUGUGCUAAUCUUAUCAAGCUCGGCGAUCUUUCAGUGCUUCCUUCUCUCAAGGUACUCCGUCUGAGUCAUACGGCAAUCGAUCAAUCAGAGCUGUUAACGCUCAACGCUUGCAAAUCCCUUACUGCGCUUUACAUUGAGGGCUGCCAACGGGUGCAACAGCUAAGUUCCUUGGUACAUUUACCCUCUUUAAGUAAAGUCGUGAUUGACCAUAAGCUUGCUGGAGGAACUACAUCAACAGUUAAUGGAAUCCAAGAUCUGUCUGCACGAGGAGUGGAAGUGGUGGUGGCCAACAAUGCUGUGAACCCUGGGCAUCGCAGUGGGCAAAAUGUUGCACAUUCUAACCAAUCACCGGCACUUUCCCCGACAAAUUCUUACAUUCCUCCAAUCCCAAGCGCAGCUCCUGGGGGUAAGGUCUCUCCGUAA